AUGGCACGGAUCUCUCGACCACGGCCAGCGGCGUACGGCGCUGCUUGUACGAAUUGCUCAAAGGCCAAGUGCAGAUGUGUUUGCCGAGGGCAAGGAGGGAGUUGUGAAAGGUGCCAACGUUUGAAGCUCGAAUGCUGUCCAGUCAGUGCGGCGGGGAGACGCAAUCUGCGAAAAUCAGCUCCUCCUAGAGAUCGACUGGAAGGCAAGAUUGAUAGCUUGGUUUCGCUUCUCACCUCUAGCAAAGAAAGCUCUACACCGGCAAGUACAGGCCAGAUUUCGCAAGGCAGCGGUGCUCCGCCGUACGAUGGAUUUGCACAGCAACAGCAGCAACAACAACAACAACAACAACAACCAAAGUCCUGUGCUCCAUUAAUUACAGAUUGCAAUACCGGACCAGAAUUGAGCCCAGAGCCAUCGGAGGAGGAGGCAGAGGAGUAUCUGCGCAUCUUUCAGACCUGGAGACUGAAGUACUUCCCAUUUAUUCAUAUUUCUUGCAAGACAUCAGCAGCCGAAUUACGACACGAGAAACCCUUCCUUUGGCUAUGCAUCAUGGCCGUGUCUACAAAAUCCCCAUCUCGCCAAACUGUCCUCUACAAUAUCGUUAGGAAAUCACUAGCUGAUAGAAUGGUGCUUAACUUGGAGAAAAGUCUCGACCUCCUCCUGGGACUUUUAUGCUGCCUUUCCUGGGGCAACUUGCAGGUCCAGCUCAGACCAUUCACGUCUCUCUUUACACAACUUGCAGUCUCGCUGAUAUUUGACUUGGGCCUCAACAAGACGCCACCAAAAGAUGUUCAUGCUCAGUCAGACUACCGGUUUCAUAAGUCGCAGGUACGGCCGGUCCGCAGCAUGGAGGAGCGCAGGGCUGUGCUGGGGUGCUUUGUUGCAAGUUCAGUAUCAAAUCUCCACUUGCAGAGAAUAGAUCCUCUGCUCUGGACCGUACAUAUGGACGAGUGUCUCCAGAGGCUGACAGAUUUCCCCGAAUGCACAGGAGAUACUAUAUUGGCGUAUUUAGUCCGAGCGCAGUUGAUUUUGCAAAAAGCCCCAUUGUCACCUUGGCGUACAUCUGUAGCUGGAGAAACCGAAUCGGCGCCAGCAGCAGAAACAAUGAUGUUUUAUCGCAAAACUCUACUAAGGGAGUUGGAUGAAGCAAGACAAAAAGUUCCCAUGGAACUUCGGCAAAACGAUGCCAUACUCCUCACUUUUUACCAUACGGAACUUAGCAUUCAGGAGUCCACCCUUUCGCCACAUACGGUGCCGCUUUCUGCUUGCCCCAGCUUUGGUCGAAUUGACGGCCUGUGCGCUUGUCUCAGUGCCGCAAAGUCAUGGUUUGACGUCUUCUUGGCCAUUUCACCAGCUGAAUACGUGGGGUUCCCUUUUGCUAUGUACUCACAUCUGAGGAACUGUGCGGUGGCUCUGUACAAAAUCUUAGCGCUAGAGGAGUCCCCGUGGGAAAGAGCUUCUAGCCUUGGCAUUGUUGAUAUAUCGACUAUAAUGGACCGUACCGCUCAGAAUCUGGAGCAAGUGCGUGCCAUCGGUGGACUGGGGCACAGCGAGAGUGAAGAGGAUCUUUUCACAAAACUCGCGCGGAGGAUUAGAAUUAUAAACCAUAAGUGUGUAGACGGGCUUCGUGCCGAUACUUCUAGGGUCGGUCACAGUCCGAUCGCAACGGUUGUCCCACAUGAUAAGCCAUCGGGUAUCUCUGCGACGGAUGAGCUGGUCUUUAGUUUCCCUGAUGAUUCGUGUAUAAUGGAUAUGCUUGGAUUCGGGGAUUGGUAG